GCGAAAGCACGCGACGACGUUGACAUGCGAAUGGCAAGAACGGUAGAAUAGACAAAACAGCUGAUGAAUUGGUUUUGCAGAAUGGUACGCAAAAUGCUGGAGCUGCUGCAAAUUGGGGGCAAAUUAACGCACACGCUGAGCAUUUACGUGAAAACGAAUACGGGGCGCACGCUGUCCGUGAACUUGGAGCCGCAGUGGGACAUCAAAAACGUUAAGGAACUGGUGGCGCCGCAGCUGGGCCUGCAGCCCGACGAAGUCAAAAUUAUAUUUGCUGGAAAAGAGCUUAGCGAUGCCACAACCAUUGAGCAAUGCGAUCUUGGUCAGCAAAGCGUGCUGCACGCCAUUCGUUUGCGACCGCCUGUGCGUGAGCGCAAGGCCAGCGCCCUAAUGGAGGAGGAGUCAAGUCCGGAGGAGCCAUCGAAGCCGUUAAAUGAAACGUUGCUUGACUUGCAGCUGGAGAGCGAGGAGCGUUUAAACAUCACCGACGAGGAGCGGGCGCGUGCCAAGGCGCAUUUCUUUGUCCACUGCGGCCAAUGCAAUAAACUGUGCAAGGGCAAACUGCGUGUCAGAUGCUCUCUGUGCAGAGGCGGCGCCUUCACAGUGCAUCGGGAUCCCGAGUGCUGGGAUGACGUACUGAAGCCGCGUCGUAUACGCGGCCACUGCGAGAGUCUUGAAAUUGCGUGUGUGGACAACGAGGCGGGUGAUCCGCCCUUUGCCGAGUUCUACUUCAAGUGCGCCGAGCAUGUCUCGGGCGGUGAAAAGGAUUUCUCUGUGCCCUUAAAUCUAAUUAAGAACAACAUUAAAAAUGUGCCGUGUCUAGCCUGUACGGAGGUCAGUGAAACCGUUCUGGUCUUUCCUUGCGCCUCACAGCACGUCACCUGUAUCGAUUGCUUUCGCGACUAUUGUCGCUCACGUCUUAGCGAACGCCAGUUCAUGCCGCAUCCUGACUUCGGCUACACACUGCCCUGUCCGGCUGGCUGUGAGCAUUCCUUUAUUGAGGAGAUUCAUCACUUUAAGCUGCUGUCCCGGGAGGAGUAUGAACGCUACCAGCGUUUUGCCACCGAAGAGUUUGUACUACAGGCCGGUGGCGUUCUCUGCCCGCAGCCAGGCUGUGGCAUGGGCUUGCUCGUCGAGCCGGACUGCCGCAAGGUGACCUGUCAGAAUGGCUGUGGCUAUGUCUUCUGUCGCAAUUGCCUGCAAGGCUAUCACAUUGGCGAAUGUCUGCCAGAGGGAACCAGCGGGGCUGCUUCCAAUUCUUGUGAAUACACUGUCGACCCGAAUCGUGCUGCUGAGGCUCGUUGGGAGGAGGCCAGCAAUGUAACAAUCAAAGUGAGCACCAAACCCUGCCCGAAAUGUCGCACGCCCACAGAGCGGGAUGGUGGCUGCAUGCACAUGGUCUGCACACGCGCCGGCUGCGGCUUCGAAUGGUGUUGGGUCUGUCAAACAGAAUGGACGCGGGACUGCAUGGGCGCCCACUGGUUUGGCUAAGAGUACGUUUUGUCUUGAGGACAAACUUUGUUAAUUGUUUUUAUUCAUGUUCUACAUCUGCUGGCUGUAUUUGAAGACUGUUAAGAGUUAUUUAAAAGAAAAGUGCAUGGUGUAGGUUAAUCUGAAGUCCUCCACCAAG